ACGGAGGCUGAGUUGUCAGUUUGAUAGAGAAUACAAGUUGGAACUUAAUGAGAUAGACAACAGCUCAUUUGCUUCUUCUCUUCAAUUUCUGCCUCUUUUUCUUACACACCAAAACAGCAUUUCUUGUUCUCGAAAUUUCUAAAAGUAAUCUAAGUUUUCUUGAUUGAUAGAGACAUUGUUGCAUCAGUUGGAAAGUUGAAGCAGUUAUGUCGAAUCCCGAUGAUUCCAAUCCAGAGAAGGUCACACCGUCGGCGCCGGCCGCCGUAGAUAUGGAGAGCAGGGCAGUGGGCGGUGGUGGAGUCUCCAACAUAGUGAGUCGGUGGAAGCGAGAAGAUCUUCUGAAGAGAGGCUCAAUCGCCUCGCGGGGCUUCGGCUUCGUUUUCUCUUUUCUGGCUUUCAUCAUCAUGGCUACUAAUAAGCAUGGCGAUCGGGAAGAUUUUGAUAAAUAUGAAGAAUACAGGUAUGUAUUGGCAAUAGCAAUUCUGGCAACCUUGUAUGCUGGAUUGCAAGCCUUGAGACAAAUUCAUGAACUUUCCACCGGUAGAGAGAUGUUUUCGCGGCAGAACUUGGCCGUGGUGGAUUUUUUUGGUGAUCAGAUUGUGGCAUACUUGUUGAUAUCAGCAGCCUCAUCUGCUGUACCUUUGACAAACAGAAUGAGAGAAGGGGCAGAUAACGUAUUUACCGAUGCCUCAGCAUCAGCAAUCAGCAUGGAAUUCUUGGCUUUCUUCUCCUUGGCGUUGUCGGCUCUCAUUUCUGGAUACAAACUCUCUAAUCAAUCCUACAUCUAAUCACCAUUCACAUGAUUUUUUGUGUUAUGUCAAUAUUCUUGUUCAUGUAAUUCAUGUUUAUACAAGGAGGGCAGUUGCUUUCUGCAGAUGCAUUGCUUUGUAAAUAUAUAGUUGUAAAGUGAAGAUCCUCUAAAGAACGGUUUUUUUUUUUUUUUAAAUCUUUUAUUUUUUUUUUUUUUUUGGAAAGGAAAAAGAAACACUUCUGUAAUAUAUAUUGUCAUGUCUGUAUUUAUUACCUUGGAGCCAAAACUUGGUGGUUUGAGAAGUAACAAAAAUUUAUUAAGGAGAAUUUCAAUACUUCUGACAGAGGAAUCAGCCUACUGAAAACUUCUCUGAGAAUGAAUAUAAAGCCCCUAACACAUUUUUUUUGUUCUAUUUUUCUUCUUUGUGGAACUAAAACGUAUAUGCGGCCACUGUCCAGCUUCAAUGACGGCAGAA